UCUAUUAUUAUUGCGACCUCCAUGUAAGAAGAAGCAGUAAUGAAAAUAUUUUUGUUUGCGUGGACAAGAAUUUGGAAAAUUAACUCCCUAAAAUGAAUGAAGCCGAUAUUCCGAUUGAUAUACACACCUUAAAGCUGCAGGAUUGGUUGGUAAGCAGAAGGAUUGUGCCCAAAACUAUUCAGAAAAAUAUCAAGGAGAUACGCUCCAAGAUUUCAAAUGCACUUCAAGAUAUGCCAGCAAAUGACCAGUUGAUCAAACUGUUGUCCGGAACAAAUAUAAACUACUACCAUUGCAAGGAGAUCGUGGAGACACUGAAACAAACGGAAAAGGAAACAAAAAGCGUGUUUGGCACAUAUGGCAGUCAAAGAAUGAAGGACUGGCAGGAGAUAUUACGUUUAUAUGAAAAAGAUAAUGUCUACCUUGCAGAAGCUGCGCAGAUUUAUGUACGUAAUGUUAAUUAUGAGGUGCCUGGAAUUCGAAAGCAAAUGACAAAAUUAGAACAGCAAAGUGAUGAAUGUUUGAAACGUGUUCAAGAUCUUGGCAAACCAGAAACACAAUUGCUGGCCGAACACGCAGCUCUAUUGCAACAACUAGGCAUUAAGGGCGAAAACUUACGAGAAGAGUUCUUACAAGUAAUGGGUAAUUUACCCGACAUGUAUACACAUUCGAUUCGCAAUAUUGGAAAAUUGCAAGAAGCCAUAGAUUUAUUCUCAGAAGGAAGUGACAAAAUUAGUUUACCAAUAUUGCGACAUCUUAUCGAGUUCGGGAAUACAACCGUCUAUCAAUACAUCCACAAAGAAGCGCCCCUAACAGUUGAAGAGCCGACAGUUAAACUCAACUUUAGUGAAGAUAAUGUUGUUACAAGUGCCACGGGUGAAAACGAGAUCGAUUUUGGAGGUGAUGAAAAUGGAGGCACUUCAUCUACAAUAUCCGCAGAAAUUAUCGAUUUUGGUGACAUCACUUUGGAAGGCAACAAUAGCUCCAUAGCGGAAGGUGAUGCAGUAGAAUCGGACGGCAACGGUGUGGAUAUUGACUGGGGGAUCGAGGGCGCACCUAGUGAUGUAGUGGAGAUAAAUUUUGACAUUCCAAUUGAAGAAUAUGGAAUCGUGGUUCAGGGCGCAGGUAUGGAUGGAGGCAUAGCAAAAGGUGAACAAGCUUUUACAAUUCUGGAUUCACCAUCGUACCGUGAUCGUUUUCUGGACGAGAUUUAUGAACUUGAUUCAUUCUUACGCAUGCGUUUGUAUGAGCUUAAUCAACUGGAUUCGUCGAGCAACAUUAUGUUCUCGCUGAUGGAUAGCAUUUCUACAUACGACGCAGAAAGUAUACGAAAAAUGCUAACGAAUAUCGAACAGAUUUUAGUGGAAGUACUAAGCGACCAAACGCGUCAUCUAUUCCAACUUAAACAUUCGCCGAAGUAUGCUGAUUUAUUAGCAACUAAGUUGAAACAAAUGACAAAAGCUGUGGAUAAAAUACGUGACUCUAAAGAGGUUUUAAAGAAACGUUCUGCGGAGUUGAUGAAGCAGCGUGUUGAUUUGAAUCCAGUGCUAGCUGAGCUAAUACUACAAACUAAAAGGCUGCAAUUGAACAUUGAAAAUGAUAUAUCUAAACGCUACAAAAAUCGUGUUGUUAACUUGAUGGGAGGAGUAAAUUGAAGCAAUGUCCUUUACGUGUUAGCAAGAAAAAAUAUAUACUUUAAUUUAAUUAAACUCGCAAA